AUGUCACGCCAAUGCACGCUGACAUUACUUAUUGCAUUAUUACCUCUUGCUUCAUUUUUAGAAGAUUGUCCUUUAGAAGGUACAAUUAAUGGUAUAAAUACUAUGGAUGUAAUAAUCCCAUUCGCUACUAAUAAAUCUCUAAAAUGUGGUCUUAUCCCAUCAGAAUUAGAAUCUCAACUUAAUGGUUCAUGGAAAGCUAAAAUACUAACUAAAAAUACUCAGUUAGUAUCAUUAUCUUAUAAAGAUAAUCAAGUUUAUAUACAACCACCUUCAGAGAGUAAAACUUACAAUAGAAGUGGACAAAUUCAAGUCGAAUGCCUGCUUGUAAACCGUGGAACGAAUGAAAUAAUUUACAAAUUUAUACGUAAAAUUGAUAUCCUACCCUGUAAUUUAGAUGGUACAUUAAAUGGUGUUGAUAAUUCUGAUAUCCACAUAAGCAAAGGUUCAUCUAAUCGAUUUUCAUGCGGUCUAUUGCCUAGAGAUAUUGAAGACAACUUGAACGCUUAUUGGAUUGGUAAAAUACUUAGUAAAUCAGUAGUAUCUAGCAGUAAUAGCAACAAUGACCUUAUCUUAAUGGUAACGCAUAAUCGAAAAGUUAUUAUUCAACCACCAAAAGGCAAAUUAAUAUAUGACUUAACAGGUUAUGUUCAGAUUAACUGUCAAUUAAAGUCAGUGCAUGGAAACAAGAUAAUCUUUGAUUUUAACAAGACGAUUACUAUUCAUGAUGAAGCUAUACAAUUAUUAUAUGAACAUGAGAAUCGUUUAACACUUGGUACAAAUAUGAGAAUGAAAUGUGAUCAUGAAAUACAUGAAAAGAAUAAUUCAAUUAAUCAAUAUAAUAAUGGUUAUUGGUUAAUUCAUAUUAUUGGCGGUCAUAUUGAUAUAAUCAGUUUAAAGAUAAUUAAUCGUACAAGUGUUAUUCAACCACCGUAUAAUCAGAUUGUUUAUACAAAACCUGGAAAAGUUGAAAUAGUAUGCAGUUUUAUUGAUCAUCAAACUAAAAAAGAAAUAUAUUCAAAAGUGAAAAUUAUUAAAAUUGUUAAUACUUAUCGUAAAGGCACUUUGAAUGGUAUCAAUAAUAGGGAUAUACUGUUGGUAUUGGUUCAAGAAAUGACGUGUAAAAAUUCAUGUAUUCUUAAAUAUGAUGCAUAUGAAAUUGGUUUUGCAUUUAAUAAAAGUAUUGAAAUUAUCGAUGGUGUAAAAACCGGUACAAUUAAUGGAUAUGAUGAAUUAGAUGGUAUAGUUAAUAUUGGUACUAAUCACACAUUCAAAUGUGGUCUAUUACCUGAAUGGUCUGAAUCAUUAUAUCAUGGUUAUUGGGAAGCACGUCUACUUUCCUCAGCAAACUAUCCUUUAAUAUCAGUUACAUCAUGUUAUAAUAAGGCUGUGAUUGGACCACCAUUCAAUUCAUCUGUUUACUAUCUAACUGGAAGUGUUACCGUGGAAUGUAUAUUUAAAAAUCAUGAAAAUAAACAAACAAUUUAUGUGUUUAAUAAAAAUAUUAUUAUAAAAGAUUGUAAUCUUCAAGGUUCAUUGGAUGGAAUUGAUCAAUUCAAUAAAAUUGUAUCACUUGGUUCAAAUAAAACAUUUGAAUGUAGUCUAUUGCCUAAAAGUUAUUUAAGCGUAUUCAAUGGGUAUUGGGAAGCGCAAAUAAUCAGUGGCUUGCCUAAUGCAAUAUCUAUUGUGAAAAACAACAAUACAAUAUUGAUUCAACCACCUAUAGGUAAUACAGUUUAUAAUAUAACUGAUAGACUACAAAUACAAUGUGAAUUGAAGGCUGAUGAAAAUAGAAUUAUAUACAAGUUUAAUAAAUUUAUAGAUAUUACAAAGUGCAAUCUACACGGAACUUUGAAUGCUAUUGACAAUUCUAAUAUUGACAUAGCAAGAGAUUCUAAGGAUACAAUAAAAUGUGGAUUAUUACCAAGCAGUGUAGAGGAUCAACUAAAUGCUACCUGGUAUGGUCAUAUAAUUAGUACAGAACCGCAAAAGGCCAGCAUAAUUCAUGAAUCUUCACAGGCAAUUAUUAAACCACCUAACAGUUAUUCUAUUUACAAAUGGCGUGGUCAUUGUAUAGUUGAGUGUAUUUUUGCAAAUCGUUAUGAUAAUACGACUAUAUUUACUUUCAAAAAGACAAUAAGAAUUCAAGAGGAAUCUCAUCUACGAUCUAUUGUUAAUGUUUUGGAUCAUAGAGAAACAAUCCUAACUGUUGGUUCAUCUAAUCGGAUAAUGAUUUAUAGUAUUCCAGCCGCUUAUCUUAACUUAUUUAAACCUAAGUAUGAUUUAACAAUAGUAAGUGGACCAAAAGAUAUUCUCGAAAAAUAUGGCCGAAAUGAAUAUAUGCCAGCAAGACCAAAUUCAGUGUAUGCGAAGUCAGGCUUAGUUAAAAUUCGAUCUGUUAUUAAAAGUGAUUCUGUAACUAUUAUAAAUACAACAAAAAUUGUUCGCAUUAUAGAUUUAGAAAGAAAGGGUACAUUAAAUGGUAUUGAUAGUUCAGAUAUAAUUGCUCCUAUUGGUUCAAAUAAAGUCUAUAAAUGUGGCAUAUUACAAGGAAAAACAGCACAAUAUCAAUCAGAAGAUCUCAGUAAUAAUGAAGUUGUAAUACGACCACCAUAUUGUGAAUUAUAUUAUAAAAUUAAAGGUAAUGUAACAAUUGAAUGUACCUACAGAUAUGUUAGAUAUCAGAUAGAAUUUACAUUUAAUAAAACAAUAAGUAUUAUAGAUGAAAGUAUGGAAGGCAGUUUAAAUGGUAUUGAUAACUCCGGUAUAAUAAUACUCAAUGGAACAUAUAGACCAAUGAAAUGUCAUUUAUUACCAAAAAGUUUAGAAGAUGGCGUAUACAGUGGUUAUUGGAAUAUAGAGAUUAUUAAAGGUCAAUCAAAUGAGAUACUGACUGUAGAAAUGUGUCGCGGUAAAGGAAUAAUUCAUCCGCCUAAAGGUAGUCAAAAAUUUACCACAGUGGGUGAAGCUACUGUCCAGUGUACUUUUAAAGAGUAUACAAGUGACCGUGUUAUAUAUUCAUUUAAUAAAUCUAUUCUUGUAGAAGAUAUAAGAGUAUUAUUCAUUCCUAGUAGUGGUGAAUUAUUAGUAAUGAAUCAAAGCAGAUUAUUUGUCUACUCUCCGGGAGACAAAGUGCUAAGGCUUAUUCAAAAGGUGUAUUAA